UUUUCUUUUCGAAAUUAAUCGGUUUAAUUUCACUCAAAGAGUAAUGGGAAUGCUACUGCUACAGCAACACCGAUACAACAGCUCCAAUCAGCCGAUCUAGCAGCCACUGCUAGCGGCCGGAACCCUAAUUCGCCACCGGAAGCCCCAAUUUCGACGAUGGGGAAGCCUCUUUGCUACGACGCAGGGAAUGCUGAAGUUUCUCAAGGGCUGAUCAAUCGGCUUUACAGCGUCUUCUCCGAUGGCAUACAUUUUGCAACGCCGGCUACCUCCUUGAGGACCAAUGAACUUGAAUUGGUUCGGAGCGUGUUACAAAUGUUGCAAGGUUUUUCUAGCUCACUAUUUUAUUGGGACCAAGAUGGAAACUCUUUUCAAGUCAAGAGUGGGAUACAUGUCAGUCACCUCUCUUAUUCGAGUCUUCACGCCCUUGUUCAUCAAUUUAUGCAUGCUGCAACAUGCUUACAACUGGUGGAAAUUAUAGUCAACAAAAUCGAGAAGUCUGCUGGAUUACCCCCGCCUACUUUGAGGGCUUUUGCAUGUUCUGUUUCUGCGUGGCUUAAGCGGUUGCGCGAUAUUGCUUUAAAGAAGGAAAUGAAGAUAAGAGAAGAUGGCAUUAGUACAACCCCUACGUUAUUGGGAUUGGCCAAUUCUUUGUCUAGUCUCUGCUCAGGUGCUGAGUAUCUGUUGCAAAUAGUGCAUGGUGCCAUCCCACAGGUGUAUUUUGAGUCUAAUUCGUCUCUUCCCGCUGCUUACUUGGCUGUUCACAUCCUUGACCAUCUUUACAAGAAGCUGGAUGAAGUGUGUCUAGUGCGAGGUGGUGAGGAGGAAGAUUACGAGAUGCUUCUUUAUUUAUUUAUUGGAAGUAUAUUGCCGUAUAUUGAGGGUCUUGAUUCUUGGCUUUUUGAAGGAACACUAGAUGAUCCAUAUGAGGAGAUGUUCUUUUAUGCUAAUAAAGCAAUAUCUGUUGAUGAGGCUGACUUUUGGGAGAAGAGUUAUCUAUUAAGGCAAGUACAGUAUCAAAUGUUAGAUGUUGCGACCUCUGCCUCAGUGACAAGUUUUAUGAAAGGAAAGGAAUGUGGCAAUAAAGACCUUCAAUCAUGUCCAUUGUUUAUUAAGGACAUAGCUAAGUCUAUUGUUUCUGCUGGAAAAUCGUUACAGCUGAUCCGGCAUAUUCCCAUGACAUCCUCAGUUGUAUAUAGAAACGGAAAUGACUCUGAGGUUGAUGGUUUUGGAAGUUUUAAUAAAGGUGUUUACCAUGGGCAAAGCAUUGCAGGUUUGACUUUGUCAGAAGUUUUCUGUGUGUCGUUAGCAGGCCUUAUAGGCCAUGGUGACCAUAUCUUUCAACAUAUAUCCACUAAACAAAAAGUGGAGAGUGAUGAUAGUGUGAUUGUGCCAGUAAAAUGCUCGGAGAAAAUUUGGUGUAAGUUCUUGGUUGAUACACUGGCAGAGAAAAGAGUAACUGAACCAGAGUCUGCACGUGAUAAUGGAAAAGGAUUUACAGAUGCAAAUGAAGAGAAAAUGUUUGCAGGUGUGGUAAAUGGGUUUCCUCAUUCAAGAUCCUUCUGUCAAGAAAAUCCAGUUCUAACAGUCUGCCAAAAGAUCCUUUCUAAGAAUGGGAAUGCAUGGAAAUCCUUGAACUUAUCCAGAAAUUUAUGUCUGCCCCCUUUAAACGAUGAAGCUUUACGAAAGGCUAUUUUCGGUGUGGAGAGCGGAUCAACUUCUUUGGCUGAAGGAACAAAUUAUACUUUUGGUUUCCGCUUUGGUGAAUCAGAAUAUCUUCGUUCACAAGACGACUCACUUAUGUUACAAUCGUUGUUUCCUUUUCCUACUCUUCUACCAUCUGUUCAGGAUGAGCUCAAUAUGUCAGAGCUCUUACCUUUCCAAAAAAAUAGCACCCUUCCAUCAAGAGUUCUUGCCUGGAUUCAACAUUUUGAACCAAGAAGUACUCCACUUCCGGUGGUUAUAGUGCAGGAAUGUCUUACUGUCUACAUGCAGAAGCAGGUGGAUUGUAUUGGCAGGCAUAUUUUGUCAAAACUGAUGAAUGACUGGAAAUUGAUGGAUAAACUAGCAGUCUUGCGCGCGAUUUUCUUGCUAGGGUCAGGUGAUCUGCUACAGCACUUCUUGACUGUAAUAUUCAAUAAGCUGGAUAAAGGAGAAACAUGGGAUGAUGAUUUUGAGUUAAACACGAUAUUGCAGGAAUCUAUAAGAAACUCUGCUGAUGGAGUGCUACUAAGUUUUCCUGAUUCAUUGAUUGUAUCCCUCACCAAAAAUCACGACUUAAAUGGAAAUGAGCAACCUAAGAUGGCUUCCCUUCCCUCAACUCCUCGUAAAAGUCGUGUUCAGAGCUUUGGAAUGGAUGGACUUGAUCUGCUAAACUUCACAUAUAAGGUCUCUUGGCCGCUUGAACUUAUUGCAAACGCGGAGGCAAUCAAGAAAUAUAACCAGGUCAUGGGGUUCUUGUUGAAGGUUAAGCGAGCAAAAUUCGUACUUGAUAAAGCUCGAAGGUGGAUGUGGAAGGGUAGAGGCAGUGCCACAAACAACCACAAGCGUCACUGGUUAGUGGAGCAAAAACUUCUCCAUUUUGUCGAUGCUUUUCACCAGUAUGUGAUGGACAGAGUAUAUCAUAAUGCAUGGCGUGAACUAUGCGAAGGUAUGGCAGCCGCUCGAUCUCUGGACGAAGUCAUAGAAGUACAUGAAUUGUACUUGUUGACAAUUCAGCGGCAGUGCUUUGUAGUUCCAGAUAAGCUGUGGGCUCUCAUAGCAAGCAGGAUAAACAACAUCCUGGGAUUAGCAUUGGACUUCUAUUCUAUACAACUGACGCUUAGCGGCGGAACAGUUUCUGCAAUUAAGGCCAAAUGCGAAAUGGAAGUCGAUCGUAUUGAGAAGCAGUUUGAUGAUUGCAUUGCUUUCCUGCUCAGAGUGCUUUCGUUCAAGCUCAACGUCGGGCACUUUCCUCAUUUAGCGGAUUUGGUUACUAGGAUCAACUACAAUUACUUUUACAUGUCGGAUGCUGGAAACCUAAGGACUCUCCCGAGCUCCGAAAAUGUUGCUUCCAGGCUGGGGAAGGCUUUUCUAGGCAGAACAGACUGAUUGCAAAAUCUGGCUUGCAUCCUCGACAUCUAGCUUGCACAGCUCGGUGUCCUUGCACCACUGUUCGAAUUCCGCAAAAGCUUCAAACAACUGCUCGGCCCCGUCAUCAUCAUCCUCCUCCUCAUCAUCGGCUAGGGGUACCUUCUUCACUGCCCUCUCAAACACAUUCCUCGCCCUCGCAAUGUCGCCAUUCAUCAUCUCAAAGUUAGCAUACCGAAUCCAAUUCCUGGCUUCUUCGGGAUGGCGUUGUACCAUCUGUUCGUAAAUAUCUCUAGCACUCUCGAUUAGUUCAUCGUAGCGAAGCGCCAACUUGACAGAGGACUGCUCACUGGAGUCUCUGGUUUUCUGCCUGGGAGGUCCGAACAUACUAGCAUCCUGGAGCUCACUUGCCUGACGGAGAAUUUCCUUGGCGGCGACUCGGUUUUUGCUGAACGAACUCAUUGGCUGCGAAUCGGAUUCGGAUUUUGAGAAGAGAGGGUGAUGGCCUCUAGGGAGAGUAGUAGAAUUGGUAUUUAGAUCGAUCGGUUUACGGAGAAGAAUUGUGAGGAAUGUAGCGUCUUGCAUUGUGUGUGUGUGCGCCUUUUGAAAUAGGAAACUUAAAACUUUUCCUUGUU